GCCCCUGAGAUUUAAACAGGAUAACUGAACAGUGUCUCACAGCUGCUCCACCAUGGUGUAUGGACAGAUCUUUCAUCAGCGCAGCUCUGAUGACUGCUUUAUUAACGUCAACGUUGGAGGUUUCAAGCAACGAAUGGAGCACACCGUUCUGAGACGAUUCCCACAGACACGUCUUGGCCGUCUUCUAUGUUGCAGCUCUAAGGAAGCGAUCCUGGAGCUCUGUGAUGACUUCAGUCCCUCUGAUAUGGAGUACUAUUUUGAUCGGAAUCCUCGUUUUUUCUGUUAUGUUCUCAACUUUUACUUUACAGGUAAAAUCCACCUUGCAGACGGAUUAUGUGUAGUUUCAUUCUUACAAGAGAUUGAGUACUGGGGAAUCAAAGAGCGUCAUCUGGAUUUAUGCUGCAGCGACAAAUUCUGUGAACUGAUGGAGCUGGCUGAGGAUAAGUGCUGUGAUCAGAGGAGUGAUGAAGUGCAGCUCAGCUCGGUCUCGUCUAUUGAGGAGCUGUCAGCUUUGGAGGAGAACAUAGAAAUGUUUGAAGGUUCCUGGUGUGCAGAUGUCCGCAGGAAUAUUUGGAUUCGACUUGAGAAUCCAGGUUACUCCACUUCAGCCAAAGCAAUGGCUAUAGCCUCCCUCAGUGUGGUUCUUGUCUCCAUUGUAGCCAUGUGUAUUCACAGCAUGUCAGACUUCCAUCAGGUGGACGUCAAUGAAAAAAAGAUCGAAAAUCCAGUGUUGACCUUCCUUGAGAACCUCUGUGUCCUGUUCUUCUCUGCAGAGUUCAUUCUCCGUUUGGCUGCUGCACCGUCAGCAAAGAAGUUCUUGUGCAGCCCUCUCAAUAUUAUUGAUUUAAUGUCAGUUAUGCCUUUUUAUGUCACUAUAUUCUGUGACAUAAUGGAUGAGGGUGAAAGCACAGAGCUGGAGAAUGUAGGUAAAGUGGUUCAGAUCUUGCGGUUGAUGCGAGUGUUUCGCAUCCUAAAACUUGCUCGCCAUUCUGCUGGCCUUCGCUCUCUCGGUGCCACACUGCGACAUAGCUCUCAUGAGGUUGGGCAGCUAGUACUUUUCUUGUCUGUGGGCAUUUCCAUGUUCUCUGCUCUUAUUUACUUUGUAGAAAAAGAAUCUCAAGAGUCAGAGUUACAGACGAUCCCUAUUGCCUGGUGGUGGGCCACGAUUAGCAUGACUACAGUGGGCUACGGGGACACCUUCCCUGUUACAUUUGGUGGGAAGCUGAUAGCAACCCUGUGCAUCAUCAGUGGACUGCUGAUUGUAGCUCUGCCCAUUACUAACAUCUUCAACAAGUUCUCCAAGUUCUACGCCAGGCAAAGAUACAUAGAUCUCAGACGAAGCAAAAGCUGAACCUUCUCAAGCAAGUGUCCCAAAAAGUCUUGCAGUAUGCAAUACUGAAUUUGUAAGUCCACAAACUCAUUCAUCACUUAUAACUCAGGAGAAGGUGUAUUAACAGACACAUGAACUUCAAGUGGCAAUGGACAACUUUCCCCCCCUAGUAUUUCCAAGUGUUAUUAAUGUUGGUGUCACUGCAGAGGAAUAUAGAAAGUUUCACAACCUCUUGCUUUAGAAAGGUCACUGCCAAGACAUGUGUUACUUGUCAAGAUUAUCAAAUGGACAAUGAAUCAUCUGUUUGUUUCUGGCUGCUAGCGUUAGCAGCAUGGCUACCACUAUCAGCCCAGCUGCUGUCCAAAGCAAGAAACAACCAGAGGAAUUCCAUUUGAACUAGAAACACUGAUCUCAGUGCUAUGAUAAAGGCAGAGUAUAACAGCCACUUGUACUGAUAGAUAAGUAACAAGACUGUCAGUUUUGAACCUUCUCAAGCACUGGAGCUCUCUCUGUAGUCAGACUGGCCAUAUGGACUACCAAAUCCCUGUGGGCCAGUAGAUGGUAAAAAAUCAUAAAGUCAGUCUCAGAGGAUAAGUUUCCACAGUCACUCCAUUUUUUUUCCACUGACAGCCAUUUCCCUUACCUGGGGAAACCUACUGAUAGCUACCAAGGAAGACAAAAAGCACUGUCCUCUUUCUGUUUUGGUUGCAUAGUGGCAGGCGUACUUUAUUUGUGCCAUAAUUUGAGCCUUAAUUUUUCCAAAAAAAUUCAUGCCAGGUGGCAGACAGAGUUGCAUAGUGAAAGCAAGGCUUAUGGGGAACCAAUCUAAAAUUUGAUAGUGUCAUUAUUUUUUAUUACUUUUUUGUGCAAUCCACAUUUACUUCAUGAUGAUAAGUUAAAACAAAAAAGAUUGUCCAUUGCCACACUGAAUAUCAAUGAUCAAGCAAGUAAGUGAGUGUGUUUUGUCCAACCAACAGUCCAAAUACCAAAGAUGUUCAAUUUACUAUACAAUUUACCAGUGUAAAAAUAACACUAAGAGAACCAGCACAUUUUCGCAUUUGAGGAGGUGGAGCCAGAAAGUGCUGAAAGUGAGACAGAUAAUGU